GUGAGGGGUGACGAGUGAGCAAAACAGAGAGAAAGACAGACAGGGCCAAGUGCUGAUUUGGUGUCAAUAGAACAACAAAUUCUAGUCAUGAGAAAUGGCAACGUACUAAGAACAGCAAACACUAUGAACAAAAUCAUUCAGGAAGCCAUGUGAGGAUUUGGGAGAUAGUAAGAGAGCAACAAAAGGAGAGAUAGAGAGAGCAAGAGAGAUAGACAAGAAGAGAGCGAGGGAGAGAGAGGAAGAGCUCCGAACUCGAGUGAUUUCCAGACUGGCUGGCAGUGAGCUAGCGCUCUGAUCUGCCUGCUCUGAUGGGGUUUCAUGCCCUCGCAGGCACUGCUGGGAAACCUGAGGGCAACGCUGGUUUCUCCCGCUUUUCUUUUUGCUCUCCAAUUCCCACCCAUUGACCAGACCAACCGAAUGAGAGCCGGGACCAGACGAUCUCAAUCUCAAUGACGACAAAUGGACCCUACACCAUUGAGACUCACUGCAAUACCAAAAGGGAGCUAAAAGAACCCUGAACACAACACGGCCCAGAAACUGGCAGAAAUGAGAGUGAUUUUGGUGUGUGCACUCCUCUCCUCCCUGCCUUUGUCACAUGCCUGUCCAAAGGAGUGCAGCUGCAACAGCAACACUAAAGUGGUGGACUGUCGGGGUCGAGGCCUCUAUGACAUCCCUCGGAGACUACAUCCAGACACACAGGAACUGUAUCUUCAAGAUAACCGUAUCAGGGGACUAGGAUCGGUGGCUUUCAGGGAAAUACCUCUUGUCCGCAUUCUCGAUCUGUCUAAUAACUCUAUAACAUCUAUUUCACCAACUGCUCUGCAAGGUCUGAGGACUCUGCAGCGCCUCAGUCUGGCAUACAACGGCAUCAGAGACCUUGACAAACGGCUGCUUGGGCCUAUUCGCUCACUUUCCCAUCUUGACCUCUCACACAACAGUCUGUGGGGUUUGCCAGGAGUCAUGGGAGACAGUCUGAAAAACCUCAGCUACCUGGGCUUAGCAAACAACAGACUAACAAGAUUGGAUCGCUCGCUGUUGGACACCAUGACCCACCUGGACAGCAUAACGCUACGAAACAACCCCUGGAGGUGUGACUGCCAGCUUAUUGGCCUCAAACUCUGGCUGGAGACCUACCUCUUUAAAGGUGGAGUUGUGGAUGAAGUUCUUUGCGCUCAACCAGAAGAAAAGAAGGACAAAGACUUGCAAAAAAUUCCUUAUCAGCUGUUCCAUGCCUGUAUGACCACAAGCUACCAUUACCUGUUUGCCAACAUACACCACCUAGAGUCUGAGAAGCUACUGAGAGGCCACGUCCAUGGCAACCAUGCCCAUCCCUCCAGCCACUCUCUCCAUGUCCCCAUGGCGAUAGGUGAGGGUUUUGGUGUUGGAGGUGGAGCGGGAGCAGGAGGAGGAGGAGGGGCAGGAGGCAUGGCAGAGUGUGAAACUAAGCAGAAGCAUCGACCUGUCAACCUCCGCCAUGCCAUUGCCACAGUGAUCAUCACAGGUGUUGUGUGUGGGAUUGUGUGUCUGAUGAUGCUGGCUGCAGCAGUGUAUGGAUGUGCUUAUGCGGCAAUCAUGGCCAAAUAUCAGCGAGAGUUGAAGAAGAAUGAGGAGCUGGCUGCAGCACAGGGGGCCGAUCAUGCUACUGCAGAUGAAAAGGAACCACUGGAAAAUGCUAUUGCCUAAGAGGUGGUAAAGUUUUCCCUGGACUCUAUAAGCCUCUUCCCUUUAACCUAAUUAUCUCUGGAUGCCAUGUUUGGGUUUGUACAUGUGUGCAAAGAGUGAGAAUUUUUUUUUUUUUAAUUUUUGCAUAAAUGUACCUAACAUUUGAGACUCGGGUAGCUACAUUUCACAGGUAUUUGACUAUGCACUGAUAAGAAGACUAUCUUCCACUUUAAGCAGAUUUCAGAAGCUGAAUUCAACAAUAUACAUUUUGUUUUAUCUAAAAAAAAAAAAAAGAAAAAAA